AGGAGGAAACAGAGUGGCAGCAUUUUCUACGACAAUGUCUGGAGUUGAUUGCCCGAGUAGCAGAAAUACUGACAGCCGAGACCUUCCAGAUACUGUAUGAACCAUUUCAAGAAGUGAUGGAAAUAUAUUUCGGUUUAGAGAGACAUAUUCAAUCUACAAAUUCCAAACGUAGUUUAAAUAUACGAGGGGAGAAUGACUGUAGACGUCUGCAUUGUUCUUUACGAGAUCUGUCAUCCCUGUUACAAGGGCUUGGGAGAUUAGCUGAUCAUUUUAUAGCUGAAAAAUUUGCUGAAAGAUUUACAGACGGUCAAGUAUUAAUGGAAAGAUUAAUACAUAUGGUUGUGUAUGGUAGUAGAGUGAAGCUGUUUGAACUGACGUCCACAGAGCAAAGUGUUUUACAAACAGAUCUGAUUGAAGUGCAUGCUCAAGCUUUAGCGGCGAUCAAACCUUUUGCUCAUUGGCUGUCACAGUUCUACGCGGAGUCACAGAAUUAUCCUGAUCAGAGGAAGAAGUUUACUGACAUGGUUACAACAUUACUGGAUGCCAUCACUGGUCUGUUUGAGGAACAGAUACCUGACAAGAUCUCACGUUCGGCUGCCCACUUGUUACUUUCAUUAGUGACCACUGUAAGGCCUAACUUCUUGCUACAAAUCUCGUGUGUCCAAGAACUCUACAAUAAAGCAAGUCAAGGUGCAUUUAGGAAAGUAAAUAUAGAGGUACAACUGUUGUUGUAUAGAGCCCUCAGUCUUCACUUGUUACUACCAUGGAACAAUAUUCCUGAUUCUGAACAAGAUUGGAGUAACCGAGCCAGCAAUCAUGAGAGUUUCUGCCACCAGAUGGCAGCACCAUAUUUCCAGUUGAAAGACACUUCGUCGCUGAUUAACAACAAAACUGCCCAGGAUGCAGCCAAGUUGGUUAUAAGUAACAGUUUAAAGCUGAUGGUAGACUGGGUCGAGUGUGUGUCGGGAGAAGUAGUAAAAACAAAACAGAUUUGCUACCAGUCUAUGUCAGAGAUUGUAAACAUUAGUCUGGCAGUAUUUCCAGUCUUCAUUCAUCAGCCUGAUGUGGUAGAAGAGUUGAUGACAUUUUUCCUGGCCUUGUUUCAGUCAUGUAGAGUACAGAUGGGAGUCCCUUUUACAGAACAUGCCAUUCAAACAUUCAUGGGACUUUUUAGCAAAGAGCAGUUGGCAGAAACAAUAAGACAUGAAAGCAGUGCUGCACAUCGAGUGAUAGAAAAAUUUUUGAAGAUUCUACAGAUUAUUAUACAAGAACCUGGUUCAUCAUUCAAAAGAUUUCUCCCCAGUAUUAUAGAUAUAUGUAUGGAACAUAUAUAUCCUGUUAUAGCUCAGCGUUCCUCACCCGAUAUGAAACAAGUGUUGUAUGAAUUACUACAUGAAUUUCUCCUCAGUAACUGGAAGUAUUUCUUCAAGGGGUCUGUUUUCACAUCUCUAAGAAGCAAAGUGGAAACUGUGGAGAAUGAAGCACAGUUUUCAGCUAU